AUGUCUCCUGGACGGCAAAGAUUCUUUGUCGUCCGGCCAAUCCCGUCCAAGGUCAGCGGGGGCUCGGCUGCGGUUAUGAAACGUGAUUGGCCGGACGGCGUAGAAUCUUCGCCGUCCGAGAGACAUCGAACGCGGGGUAAAUAUUCAUUGGGUUUGACCGUGACCACCGUGACUUUAGGGUACUUUUGAGCGUUUAUUUAGCAUGAACUACUUACUUUGAGCAAGACGAUGUCAAGAAUUAUUGUCAAAAACCUUCCAAAGAAGGUUACAGAGGAGACACUGCGAGAAACAUUCAGUGCCAAGGGCUAUGUUACCGAUGUCCAACUCAAGUAUACGCCCGACGGAAAAUUCCGUGGAUUUGCCUUCAUCGGUUUCAAAACAGCUGAGCAAGCUGAUGCUGCUAUAGACUUUUUUAAUGGCACAUUUAUUGGAGCAACCAAAGCCACUGUGGAAAAAUGUGCCUCUCUUGGCUCUACCGACAAGCCUCGUGCCUGGAGUAAGUACGCGUCCGGCAGCUCUGCACAUGCCCGUCUGCAUAGCAAAGAUGGCGCCAAGGAUGCCACAUUCAAAGGGAACAAGAAAAAGUCGCCUGAGGAUAAGAAGGCGAACACCAAGAAUAAAUUUGAGGAGGUGGCGAGCGACCCUGCAUUCCGCGAGUUUCUGGCGGUGCACCAGAGCGGACCGCGCGCCACAUGGACGGACGACGUGGGGCCUGCGGGCGCCACGGAGGACACUCAGCCUCCCGGCGCCGACGCUGGUGACGACAGCGUGGAGGAUGGCGGCGACUCUGCCGACGAGCCGGAACAGCAGGAGGAGGAGAACAAGGGAGAAAUGUCUGAUAUGGAUUUCCUGAGAUCCAAGAUUGUAAAGAAGGCCACCGAAAGUGACGACGACUCGUCAGCUGACAGCGACUCCGGCAUCGAAUCCAAAAAGUCACCCUCCAAGGAUUCCAAACCCAAAUCGGCCGCCGUGCGCAAGUUUGACAUCAAGUUUACCGCCAAGAUCACGGGUCUGGCCGUCAAUGCUAAAAAGAAAGACAUCCGUCAGUUCCUGGCGCCAUUGAAGCCGAAGUCAAUCCGACUGCCGCCGCGGACGAAGGGUAUCGCCUACAUCGGACUCCAAACGGAGAAAGAGCUGAAGCUGGCGCUCAACAAGAGCAGAACGUUCCUCAACGGCCGCCGUCUCGAGGUGAAGAAGCACGAGCAGCGGACGGCGCAGGCCGACCGGGAGGCGCCCUGGCAGGAGCAGCAGCGACAGCUGGCCGACGUCGAGCCGGUGGCCGAGACGGGUCGCAUCUACGUCCGCAACCUGGCCUACACCGUCACCGAGCAGGAGCUCGAGGGGCUGUUCGCGCAUUACGGUCAGCUGACCGAGGUCACCCUACCGGUGGACCGCUACAGCCGGAAGAUCAAGGGCUUUGCGUUCGUGACGUUCGUGUUUCCCGAGAAGGCUCAGAGCGCCAUGGAGGCCCUGGAUGGCAGUGUGUUCCAGGGUCGCAUGCUGCAUCUGCUGCCGGCGAAGCUUAAACACUCGCUGGACCAGGACGGCGACGAGGCCUCCACGGACUUCAAGGCGCGGAAGGAGCGUCAGCUGAAGAAGCAGGCCUCGUCGUCCCACAACUGGAACUCCUUGUUCCUGGGAGCCAACGCGGUGGCCAACCUGAUGGCAGAGAAGUACGGCGUCGCAAAGAGUGAUGUGCUGGACAGCAGAGGUGAGGGUAGCGCCGCCGUCCGACUGGCGCUCGGAGAGACCCAGCUCGUCUCUGAGACGCGCCAGUUCCUCGAGGAGCAGGGAGUGCGCCUGGACGCGUUCAGCGGCCCGGCUGCCGAGCGCAGCAAGACGGUCAUCCUGGCCAAGAACCUGCCGGCGCACACGGACCCUGCGCAGCUGCGAGAGAUGUUCGGACGGCAUGGAGAGCUGGGACGGGUGGUGCUGCCGCCCAGUGGAGUUACAGCGGUGAUCGAGUUUUUCGAGUCGUCCGAGGCGCGUGCCGCGUUCAGCGCCCUGGCGUACACCCGGUUCAAGAACGGCCCCCUGUACCUGGAGUGGGCGCCUGCCGAGGCGCUCGGCGAGCCCAAGGUCAAGGAGCAGGAGCAAGAGGCUGAGGAGGGCGGCGAGAAGGUUAAGACGGCUGAGGAUGAGGAAGACGGCGAGACGGCCGACCUCGGAGAGCCCGAGGAUGGCGCCACGCUGUUCGUAAAGAACAUCAACUUCGACACGACCGAUGACGCUCUCAAAGAGCAUUUCGCCGUGUGCGGCCCACUGCACAGCGCGGUCGUCUCGCGGAAGAAGGACUCGCGCCGCCCCGAGGUGUGGCUCUCGCAGGGUUACGGCUUCGUCUCCUACCUGCACAAGAAGCACGCCAAGCGGGCGCUGAAGGAGCUGCAGCAGGUGUCACUGGACGGACACGCCCUCGAACUGAAGGUCUCCAAUAGGACCACGGCUCCGGACCCGAAAACGCAACGGAAAGCACAAGACGGCGGGAAGCAGAAAUCGUCUAAGAUUCUUGUUCGGAAUAUUCCUUUCCAAGCUAACAAGAAGGAAAUUAUCGAAGUGUUCAAGACAUUCGGUGAGCUGAACGCGGUGCGCCUACCGCAGAAGAUGGCCGGUGUCGGCACCGGGCCCCACCGCGGCUUCGCCUUCGUAGAGUUCGCCAGCCGCCAGGAUGCCAAGAGGGCGUUCAAGGCCCUGUGUGCCUCCACUCAUUUGUACGGCCGUCGCCUGGUGCUCGAGUGGGCCGCGGCGGAUGACGAUGUCGAAACGCUCCGGCUGAAGACGGCCGCGCACUUCUCCGGAGCCGACGCGCCGUCCAAAAAGCGCGUGAAGCUGGACGAAGAGGAGCGGUGAUUGCGGUGAGUGGCUGCAUUUACGACCUUCGUUCUGAGUGACCAGUCUCUCAGUGGGUGCCCUGAUUGAUCUGGCUCAGUGUCUCGAAGAGUGGCUGCUGUAACGGUCUGUUCUGAGUGACCAAUCUCGGUGGUCGCAUUGAGUGAGUGAUCUGGCGCAGUGUUUUCGAUUCACAUUUCGAUCUAAGUGUGCGAGAUAAGUUUGUGUGUUAGUGUGCUUAUGGCGAGUGGUGCACUCAUGCAUUGGCGCCGGAGAGGCCCGACGAUAGACGUCAAAAUGAAACCACUUCAGGACGGCCGCAUUAAUCUGCAACGUCACAAUCAUCGGCCUUCCGCGGCUGCGCUCUGGGGUCUCUACAAAACAUUCUGGAACAGUUGAGCCUCGAUCGCGUAUAGCCACCAGACAGGUGCUUGGAGCCUUACAACAAGAUAGCGUUGUAAGUGUUAUUUUACUGCUCGCAUAUGAGGAGGCGGAUAGGGCGCGUUUGAGUUUAGGUAUCUUGCGGUGGUUGUUCCCUGCACUGGAGCGAGCCUGAGAUAGGACAAGUAUGAGUUGUUGGUGGAUGGACGUCGACCUCAGCUAGAGAAAGGGAAUGAAGGAUGGCUCUCUCCGGUCCCGCUCCCCGUCAAAUGAAACUGGCAUGGCGUAAUAUUUUUUCACCGUUGUCCGUUUCGAUAAGGCGCACUGCCGGGAGCUCGCAGUAAAGGUAUGCGUGGAUGACAGCUGUGCCAUGCAGUUCUGUUUGUGCUUCGGGUUGAGGAGUGUUGUUAGCGGAAUAAACUCGGGUCAUUUUUGGUAUACGCAGAAA